GAAAUCCAUGACUUAUUUAAAGAUUAUGAGAUCAAGUAUUGCUAUGUGGACAGAAAUAAAAGAACAGCAUUCGUUACUCUGUUAAAUGGAGAGCAGGCUCAAAGUGCCAUUCGGAAGUUUCACCAGUAUCCUCUUCGGGGAAAAGAGAUAUCCGUGCAGCUCCAACCAACGGAUGCUUUGCUGUGCAUUACUAAUUUGCCCCUUUCCUUUACAUUGGAAGAGUUUGAAGAACUGGUGCGUGCGUAUGGCAACGUCGAGAGAUGUUUUUUGGUCUAUAACGAAGUUACCGGUCACUCGAAGGGCUAUGGCUUUGUGGAGUACAUGAAGAAGGACUCUGCUGCCAAGGCGAGACUGGAACUUUUGGGGAAGCAGUUGGGGGAGAGCACUCUCUUUGCCCAGUGGAUGGAUGUGAACCAGCUCACCACAAAUCUUAUUCACUCCAAGUGCCUUUGUGUAGAGAAAUUUCAAAAAGACUACGCUGAUUCAAAAGAACUCAUCCAGGCUUUCUCACUAAAGUAUAAACCUGUGUUCUGCCAGUUUGCUCAGGAUGAAGACAGUCACAUCGGUGACUUUGCGGUGGUGGAGUAUGAAACCGCAGAGCAGGCUGAGCGAGUCCAAGAAGUGACCGAUGGGAUGGCCAUCAAAGGGAGGAGACUCCAAGUGUCGUACUGUGCACCCGGAGCGCCGGGCAGGAGCACCUUAGCAGCACUUAUAGCGGCGCAGAGGAUGAUGAGGAACAAUAGAAAAGGCUUGCUUCCGGAGCCAAACCCCAUGCAGAUUAUGAAAAGUUUUAAUAAUCCCGCAAUGUUGCAAAUGCUUCUGCAGCCCCAGUUGCGUGGACAUCCUGUUAAGCCGGUUCUUGGAGCAUCUGCAGGUUUACCUCACCUUAUAAAUUCGGCAGUUGGCUCACCUUUUUUGCAGCUGAAUAAAGUUCAUCAGAGUUCAGUUCUGGGUAGCACAUCUAACUUACUGCUGCAGAGCCCUGCGCACCUACCACUGCCACAGCAGCAGCUGAUGAAGGUUGAAAACCUCCAGGCUAAUAGUAAACCGGGUUUGCUGGGAGAGCCUCCAACUAUGCUGCUUCAGACAGUGCUGGGAAUAGGGGUAAUGCCAUCAGUGAGCUCAGCCAUGGGAACCCGUGGAGAAGCUCUUAAGUCAUCUAAUUGACUCCCAAUUCAACCAGCAGCAGCAGCAGGGAUGGGCAUGCUGCCAUUCUUCCCGAAUCAGCACAUUGUUGGGCAAGCUCUGCCAGGGCCAAACAGUGCUGCAGAUAAAGCAGCAGCUCCCGACGUGGUUGUCUCGGGAUCACAGCCUUAUCAUCAGACCCUAACGCAUCUUUCUGCGGGAGCUCUGCGGGCUGGCCAUGCCAAACAGCAAAAUCAGCUAAAAAGCACUGAUACAGCUUUGGGGACUCCCUUGAAAAAACAGACCUCGCUGCUUGGAGAACCACCGAAAGAAAUACGUCUUAGUACUAACCCCUACCUGAAUUUGGCAAGCGUGUUGCCUGGUUUAUGUCUUCCAGCAGUCGCUAGCAAAGGCUCCAGUCCACCGCAGCAGACCGGACUCGCAAACAACAUCGUGGAUGCUGCUGCGUCUCAGGGAACUACAACGCAGCACGCAAUGGAAAAUUAUUUUAAUUACUCCCAACAGCACGGGGAGUACUCGCAGGUGGCUCCAGCGCGCAGCGAGAAGCGCGGCUCCUCGUACCUCGUGUCCUCCCCAGAGCCUGGCCCCUUGGAGUACCUCGCCCAGCAGACCCAGGGCUCCGCAGUCCGCUACGCAGAAUCCUCCCUCAAAAAAAAGCGCGUUUAUUGA